AUGGUGUCGUCAGCGUUGGCAGACAGAAUGGCAGCCUUUGAAAAAGGCGGUGCCGCUAAGAAGGACACACCCAUGUCAAACCGUGUGGCAGCCUUUGAAAAGGGAAAAGUCAGCAACGCGAACAAGUCGUUUAAACAAAAUAGAGACUUGACUGGGAUCGAUAACAAACCAAAGGCUGCUCCUACUCCCGCUCCCUGGGCGAAGAAGAAUGAUGGGCCAAGCAGGGUGGAUGGAACUGGCUCUGUGACAACUGGUGGUGGCGAUGCUGGGAGUAAAGUCAGUUUCGGUAAAACUCCCGAUGAUGGGGGUGAGGCAAAGGCAAGAAGAGGCAGCGAAGGAAGAGUUCAUGGAUCGGUGAAACAUCCUUGGAGUGAAAAAAAGAGCUCGAGGGUAGACGAUAAGAGUACUACGUCGGCUCCGGCUCCGGCUGCAGCACGUCCUGGAUUGGCAAAUAGCAAUACGGCAUUCGAAAAUAUUUCAGCGCGGAGGAUGGAACAGGAAAAGCAGGCAAAACCAGUUACCGCAAAGCAACGAAAGGUACAAAUCGCCAAAUGCGCUGCCAUUUCACUCUUAAUUAUUGCAUGCAUUGUCGUAGUUACGAUCACUAUUGUUACUGGUUGGGGAGAUGGCAGCAUUGAAACGGAAUUCGACAAGCAAAGUGUCGUGUUUGGAAAGCUUGUUUACCUGUCGCAGGAUGGCUUUGUUGCGGUCCUUGAAGAUGACUUGGGAGUGAAUCAAGUCUACCGUCUCGACCCAAAUGCAAACCCAAGGUGGCAACCAAUCGGACAGCAAUUUCGUUCUCAAGGGCGUGUUGAAGUGUCGGGGGAUGGCAAACGAUUGGCCUACGUCAAUCCAAGAACUAAGCGACUCGUAUUCGAAGAGUAUGAUGAAGUAAUGAGGGAUUGGAUCGACACUGAAAAUGCUCCCUUUUUGGGAGGUGAUGACAUUAGUUUGAGCGGUGACUUUUCGCUCCUGUGCGUUGGAACUUAUGGGCAAGGAUCAAUCACACAAUUCAGCCAGAAGGUGGGCGAAGGAAUUAUCACAACCUACAAAUUUGACGGAACUUCCUGGUUGGUUCACGGUGACCCAUUGAUCAAGAUCUUUGGUAUGAAUUGGUUCGGUGUGUCACCAGAUGGUUCUGGAUUGAUGAUUGCAGCAGAAAACGAUGGCAAUACAACUUUGAAUGGUUACCGAUCCGAGGCACUAGGCAACAAUACUUUUGAAUGGCUCAAAGCAGAUCGCACUACCACCAUCCCCUCAAGCAAGGUUGAUCUUGCGAUAUCUAACGGAGGAUAUGCAGUAUCAAGUGAAAAAAGUGCCCAAGCAUUCACCUACAGUGGCCGAACCUUAGGCCAAGAGAUCACGGCAAAUGGCAAUAACAACAUUACUUCGAUCGCGCUCAGCACAGAUGGCCGCACCAUGGUGGUCGGAAGCGUAACACCUGGCUUGACUGGUGUCGUGGACUGGUAUAGGUUUCCAGCGGGUGCAGAUGAUGGUAACUGGGAAACACUCGGUGGAGCGCCUCUCCAGGACAACGCUGCCUACUUUGGUUCUGCUUUGAAACUCAACGAAGGCUCCACUCAAAUUGCUGUUCAAUCUGGAACGGAAGAUGAUGAAUUUGUACAUUUGUACGGGGUCACCUACAUGGCACAUCGUCUAGUUGGAUAG